AUGGGUCCAAUCUCUCUCGAAGGGACUGAGAGUCAAUCCAACAAGUCCAAGCAAAUAUCAAAAACAGAUCAUAUCGCUCAUCAUAUUGCUCCUGAGGAGAACAAACAAACUUUACAGCUACAAGAUACUAGGAAAGAGAUGACAGUAAAUACUAACAGAGGGACAGAGCUAGGCUCCAACAGAAACCAAACAAAGCAGCUGAAAGCACCAAGUUCAGGUGGACACAUCAACUCAAGGAAGCAACGACGUUAUCGAACCACUUUUAGUAACUUUCAGCUGGAACAACUGGAGAGGGCUUUCUGCAAAUCUCAUUAUCCAGACGUUUUUGCCAGGUAAACACAUGAUAUGCUAUCAUUACUACUAGUUAUUGACAUUAGUAGUGGGAGUCUUUGUUACUCUUAGUUUUAUACUACGACAUACCUUUACUGUUCAAUCAUGUUUAUUAUAGAGGACUGUUUAAACUGUUCAUAGAUCAACAUCUCUUUAUUUCCCUAGAGAAGAACUGGCGACACGUCUAACUUUGACAGAGGCAAGAGUCCAGGUACAGAUACUUGCUCAAUCAUUUGUUUUUGCCAUUCAUAAACUUCACAAAGACAUGUUGCUUGACCUUGGAGAUGGUUCUUAUUUAGUAUUGAGUUAAUAUGCAACAGAUAUUAUUCAGUCAUGGAUCCAUCAAUAUACUCUUAAUCUCGGCAACCCAGAACCAAAUCUCUUAAUGUGCGCUUGCUUCCGGCCAGCUAAUGUUUUUGUUUUCACAAGACCCUUAUACACUCUUGGCUUUUCUCCACUUUGUGUCUAGGUUUGGUUUCAGAACCGCAGAGCCAAGUGGCGUAAGCACGAGAAGGCUGGAGUGUUGAGCUCCCUCCCUGGGCUACCUCUAACCAACUCCCUGGGCCUUUACCUGGAUGUCCCCUUGCACCAGGCCUCUGUGGUGGAGCCAUCCUGGGGGGGAGCCCGACACAGAGCCUCUGUGUAUGCACCUGACUCUGUGGGAACCCUGGGUAUUAGCACUCUGGCCUGGGCCUCACUGUGUGGACAUCCUUUUAUCCAUCCAAACUUCAGCAGGUAUAUCAGUCUUCUGGUUCAUAUGUUAUACUGUAUACCAACUAAGUUACAAGACUUGGGUUAACUCAGUAGCGGAUAAAAAAAAAAAUACGUAGUUAUUUUUCUCUCCUUAGGUUUUUAACCCUGAUGAAUCCAUUGGGUAACACUCCAACCCUGAUGACCAAACCUACCAGACCAUCCCAGGCCAGCCCUGCCGCCAUGCUGGACAAUGACAGGAGGCUACUUAGCACUGGCCACAACAAGGAGCACUCCGUCCACAUGCAGUAG